CAUCUAGCUGCAUUGUGUGUGUUGUGUAUGUUCUGGACUCACUGGCGGUGUGCACUGGCAGGCAGGCAGUACACGGCGAGGCUGAGCUGCCUGUGAGGUUAAAAAAAAAAAACAGAAGCGGUGGACGGUGAUAGUGAAAGGACGGCUUCCUAACUGUGAAAAGCACCGAGCAAGCAGUCCCUAUACAGACGGACAACACAGGGAGAGAGAGGCCCCGGGUCUAAGCUUGAAGGCAGGAGUGUAUCAGCAGUUACAGCCAUGGCUAACAUCGCGGUGCAAAGAAUCAAGAGGGAGUUCAAAGAAGUUGUGAAAAGCGAAGAGACAAGUAAAAACCAGAUAAAAGUAGAUAUGGUGGAUGAGAACUUCACAGAGCUGAGGGGGGAGAUAGCAGGUCCUCCAGAUACACCAUAUGAAGGUGGCAAAUAUCAGCUUGAAAUAAAAAUUCCAGAAACCUAUCCUUUUAACCCACCAAAGGUGCGGUUUAUCACCAAGAUCUGGCACCCUAAUAUCAGUUCUGUGACAGGAGCAAUAUGUCUGGACAUUUUAAAAGACCAGUGGGCAGCUGCUAUGACCCUGCGAACGGUGCUGUUGUCUCUUCAGGCUCUCCUAGCUGCAGCAGAACCAGACGAUCCACAGGAUGCUGUUGUAGCAAACCAGUAUAAGCAGAACCCAGAAAUGUUCAAACAGACUGCAAGGCUGUGGUCUCACGUGUAUGCAGGAGCCCCUGUAUCCAGUCCGGAUUACACACGCAAAAUAGACAAACUCUGUGCCAUGGGCUUUGAUAAGAAUGCAGUAAUAGCAGCCUUGUCCUCAAAAUCCUGGGAUGUGGAAACGGCGACAGAGCUGCUGCUCAGCAACUGAGACCCAGCCAGGUGCGAGGAUCCUUCAUCAUAGUAUCAGCUCCCCACGGCACCAUCCACCAUUGCCUUUUGUUACGCAGACAACUCCCUUUCCCCAUUCACCACAGCAGUCUGAGCCUUCUUUCGAAACAAAUUUGUUUGCCACAAACCCAACACCGGUAGCCCCACAAUCUUCAAUAAUUUAGCACACCACCCUGUUGCCUGUCUGCCCCAUGAGUCUGUUUUUGCCACUAACUCAAACUGUAUAAAAAGCCACUACAAACUUUCAGUCAUGCAUCUUCCCUUCCAUACCCUUCAAUCAUGUUUGCUCUGAAGCUUUUUCUUCUUAUUUCUUGAAUUUCUGUUCAUUGUCACAGAGAAUCACAUAACUGCCAUUGCCUGUAGGAUUUCCCAGGGUAAAGAUUUAAAGGAUAUCCUGAAUACUGCUCUAACAGCAAACCACAAUUUACUCUCUUCUAGAACCAGUUGGAUCUUAUAUGGACAUAUAAUAUUAUUAAGGUCCAGCUGGAUUAAUUUGAUACAACUGGAGCAGUGUGAUGGAUAAUCCCUGAUCAGCUUAUUGUAGAUGUUUUAAUCAACUGCAGAAGUUUGGAUGUAAAGGUUUGUUUUUCCAUUUGUAGAAUCAGAGAACGUCACACAUCCUCAAACAUCUGCACACAGGCACUGAAAGAGAAAAGUUAUCUGUAAAUAGAGGUGUGUACAUUUGAAAAUACAAUGGGGAUAUACUUUUUUUCUUACAUUGCAUUGUAAAACAAAGUUAUUUUAAAUAUAAACUAUGCCUAGUUUACAGUUAUAAUGGAGAAAUAUCUUUUAAUGCUUUGUGAGCCCAGGAGAAACCCCUCUAAGUAUUCUUCUCUGGGGUUUGUUUUCUUUUUUGAAGACUGCUGUGUAGGGGGUGCAGCCAAAAUCCUGUUGCCAACAGCGCAGGAGGUGACAGCCAGCUCAGGCCUAAGAUGGUCAUUACACGCUACCUUUCCCUCUACACCACAAUCCAACCUUUUCGUGUGUCUUUUUGUUGUCCUUGCAUGUCCUAUGCUGCCUUUAUUUUGUUUGGCCAAAUGAUGUGGUGGUGGGGCGUCUGUUAGAUUUAACGCCUCCUCAGAUUCGUGGAGCUUGCAAGACUGUUUCUAAACCUGCGGAAAGAUGCACCUGGAUCCUCUGCUCGGCAAGCCACUUUUCUUUUAAAGCACACCCAGUUUGGCUUCAUAUUUGUGGGGAACCAAAGCCUUCUUCUGUCGAUUUUUCAAGUGUGUUGCUGGAAAAUGUUCUCCACUGCUCUGAACGGGAGAUAACUAAACCUCAAGGAAGAAAUGAGAGAUCUUGAAUGCCAUUGAUUUUGUGAUGCUGUGGUUUUGUUUUUAACUUGUUCUCUGAACAAUCUGUUUCAUCCAUGCGCACGCUAUUUUCAGCCACGGGUUAUGGAUCUACUGUCCCUCUCAGUCCUGAUGUUGAUCAUUUAAAGGGGGCUUCAUUUUGAAUCACUGAUCCAAUCCAGCAGUCCUCAAUCAAAACUUUGGCCAUAUAGAGAUGUAUAGGUGAUGUCCUAUAUAUCUGAACAUGCUUUACUACAUAGCCAAAUAAAAUGCUCAUUGAAGUUGUCUAUGAAUUAUGUCUUAUGAGUAAAAAAGAGGCUGGAACUCUGUUGUUUUAAGAAGCAGAUAGCAGACCAUCACAGUGUUUUCACACAUGAUGAUUUGAGGUACAUGGACUGUUACCCUCUGUGUAAGGAGAAGUGGGGUUUUGAUCAGUCUUCACACAUGGCCUUUUCUUUUUGGGAAACUAUCUUCCUUUUGUUUGCCCUCUAAAUUGGUCUCAUAUGACUACAACACAGAUAUUGUGCACCUUUUCAACUGAUGGUGAACCAUUUCCAGCCAAAGCCUACCCCCAAAAGGCUCAUAGUCAGGGGUCCACACCAUCUACUCUGCUUGUAAAUAGUUGGGUUCUUGAUAAAGAACUGUCUCAUUAUCACUAGAGUGCACUGUUGAUGGCUGGAUCUAUAUUUUGUAAUAAAAAGAAAGGACAAAAAAAGAAAGAGAAGCCCCCUCCUCCCCGUCUUCCUGGUGUUGUAUGUACAAUAUUGCACGACGAAGCAUAAAAACAAGGGGCUGUUGCAUCUCGGUUUCUCCAUUUGGAUCGAGACUUUUUUCUUCUUUUGUUUCUUUGGAAGCAAGCAUCAGCAGUAUAAAAAGCAUGGUUAUUUAUUGUGACAGUGUCAUGUUUCUUUGAUUAAAAAAAAGUGGAAAAUUAA